AUGAAUUUUAUUCAACAUCCAUCGUAUUCCGAACAGAUACAAGAUAUUAAAUCAAUCUUAUCGAAAAUAACAACAGAAAAUCUGAACAAACUUUUAGAACGAUUUAAUUUACAAUGCAUCGCUUACGAACGUUUACAAACAUCUGGACGUAUUAAUUUCAUAUUUAACUUAAAAACACAAUCAAAAACUUCUACUUACACAGAAUUCAUAUUAAAAGUAUCAAAUCCUCAUCGAUAUUGGAAAGAAUUACGUAUUAAAAAUGAAGUUUAUACAAUGCAAUAUUUAAUUCAACAUACAACAAUUCCAAUACCAAAAAUAAUUGAUUAUUCAAUUGAUUCAAAAACAAGUAUUUUAUCAUGUGAAUAUAUAUUAAUGGAAAAAAUUCAUGGAGACACUUUAGAAUCUGUUAUGAAAAAUAUGUCUGAUCAAACUUUACUUAAAAUAGGAAUAGAAACAUGCCAUUAUAUUAAACAAUUACGUCAAAUAAAAUUAUCACAAAUGAAUAAAAUUGGUUCUUUCUAUACUAAAGAAAUGUUUCUUGGUGGAACAAUUGAAGAUGGUCCGACUUUAGGACCAUUUUCUACUGUAAAAGAAUAUAUUAUCGAACAUUUACAAUGGUCAAUACAACGAAUUCAAACAGAUGAACAAUUAUUACAAAGUGCAGGUGAACAUCUAAUAUUAUCAUUGCAAAAAAUAAUUGAUCAUGCUAGAACAGAUGUUAAUUUAUCGUCGGUAGAAAUACAAUUGCAUCUUACUCACACAGAUUUAAAUUCAUCAAAUAUUUUAGUUAAUGAAAAUACUGCAGAAAUUUUAUCAAUACUCGAUUGGGAAUCUUGUGCGAUGACAUUCAUUAAUAAUGAUCUUGAGUUUUAUUCUCGUUGGUUUGAAAACGAUCAAGAAGAAAAACAGUUUAAAUUACUUAUUCAACAACAACAAAAUUAUCAUGAAUUACUCAAUGAUAUAUAUAAUAUGCAAAAUAUAAAAUAUUACUUGGAUAUAGUGUAUUCAGCCAUGUAUGCCACAUUCUAUUGUUGUACAUGGUUUGAAGAUGAACAAACUGUAUCCGAACAUAUUCAUCAUUUUUUAAAAGAAACAGAAGAUGCUAUACUUAUAUUUAACAAGAAUAUUUUAGGAGAAAUGUAA